AUGGCCAGCAACAAGCAGAUCAUAGGCUCUUUCGAUGACCACGGCUUCCCGAUAGAGAACCUCUCUAAGGACGGCUGGUCCAACGAGGAUGAAGCGACCGCUACCUGCUUCUGCGGAGCGGUACAAUUAGUCCUCCCGCUAAAGAAGCCCGGCUUGGUCAAUCGCCACGUCUGCCAUUGCAUCGAUUGCCGUAAGAUCGGAUCCGCCUUCUACCAAUCGAACAUCACAGUUGCAGACUCGCAUCUCAAGCAUAACCGUGGCCAAGACAAACUCAUAACAUUUAGCGAGACCGAAACGAUUCGCGCCAACGCCGAAAUGACGAACUACUUCUGCAAGACAUGCGGCACUCUCAUGUACCGCCGCGGUGCUCGCUUCCCUGGCAUGUCGAUACUUCGAACGGGCACUGUCGAUGAUCUGACUUUGGCAGAGACUAAGCUGCGUCCGCAGGUGGAGCAGUUUAUCGAGAGAAGGGCUGCCUGGUCGGCACCAAUCGAAGGCGCGGCUCAAGUAGUCGGAAUGCAUCAGCCUUCGGAUAUCGAGGGCAUUCCGUAG